CUGUGUCUCUGCCACCCGCCUGCCUUCCCAGCCCUGAGCAGCAACAGCCAUGUCCAACAACAUGGCCAAGAUCGCGGAGGCCCGGAAGACCGUGGAGCAGCUGAAGCUGGAGGUGAACAUCGACCGCAUGAAGGUGUCGCAGGCAGCGGCCGAGCUCCUGGCCUUCUGCGAGACUCACGCGAAAGAUGACCCGCUGGUGACGCCGGUACCCGCCGCAGAGAACCCCUUCCGAGACAAGCGCCUCUUCUGCGUCCUGCUCUGAGCCCUCCCGACAGUUUGACCCCCACCCACCGUCAAAAUAUGAAUCCAAUAAACGUGGUGACUGCGGGGCUGCCUGUGCUCUCGGGGAAGCUGAGGCACGUGCAGAA